CCUGCUAACCCAUUCAGUCAUUCGCGGUGCAUCGUAGUUCGAGGCGGCGCAUGUCACGGACGAAUUCGUUCCUUUUCCUGAAAUUUAUAUUUCUCAAUAUUAUUAUUUUCCAUCUCUGUUUGUUAUCGUUAUACGGUGUGUUAAAAAAAAGAACGCGCGCGAAAAUUGAAAAAUUCGCGAUUUCCGUGCCGAAAUGACUUUAAUUUUGUGAUUUCAAGGUUGGUGUCUAAGGAUUUUAAGACACACUUAUGAUCGGUUUUUGAUUUAUUUACUUUUUUUUUCUCAAAAAGAAUUGUUAAUCUAAUGAAGAGGAAAAAUGGUAACUUCUGGAGUCGUUUGGUGUUACAAAGACGACCAAUGGAUCCCGCUUCAAUUAUCUUCAAUAAGACUCCAUGGCGUGUUAACACAAGCCCAUUGGGUGGCAGUUUCCGAUUUUUUGAGACGAGUCGCAAAUAAACAUCUAGUACUUCAAGAUAAUAGUUUUAAAGAAAUUACCGAACAACAAAAAGAACAAUUAUUACAACAUCAAAAAAAAUUGGACGGUUCAAACAAAAUUGAAGAAUGUUUAUCACAACUAGUGCUAAACACCUUAAAUAACCAAGAAAUAAUUAACGAAAAUAUGAUAAUACAAAAACAACAAAAAGAAAACGGUAUUAUUAAUGGUGGUGGUGAUAGAUGGCAGGAUUUGGUGGUCCAAGAAAACGGAUUAAUCCAAAUUCUUAAUGGUAAGACUGAUUUAGAACAUAGUGAAGGAAACAAUUCUCAAGUUUUAAUGCUUAAAUUUGAGAAAUCAGAAGAGAAUACGAGUGAUAGUGUAGAUAAAAAUGUAUUUAUUAAUAAUUUAUUUACUGAGACUGAAGAACAUCAUCAACAACAACAAGAUAAUAAUAAAGAUACGAUAAACAGAAAAAUUUCAACGCAAAGUGAUGAAAUCGCAUUAAGAUUACUUAAAAAAUACUCAAAGUAUAGCAAAGAUUGUCUUGAUGAUGAGCUAUUAUCGGCGGUCGAAGCCGCCGAAAUUGAUCACCAAGAAAUUGAAAUAAAUCCACGACCAGUUCGAACAAGAAAACUUGGCUACUGUCAUCGAAACGAAAAGCUUUACGAAAAUUGUCACGAUCUUAAAUUCAAUUUAGACGAAACAAUCGAAAACGAUCGAAACGAACACGUAUUACGUUGGUUAAAACAACAAAAUCGUCAUCAUUUUCAAAAUAAACGACGAUGUAGUCUACCUUCUUUCGGUAAUCGAAGGAAUACAUUUUUUGAAACGAUGACGAUGAGAUCUGAUGAGAAAUCGUCGUUUUGUUCGACGACAUCUUCAGGUUUUGAGAGUCGAAAAUCAAGUAUUAUUUCAACGACUGAGGAAAGCGGUCGAAAUAGUUUAGCUUCGUCGCCAUCCGCUUCAGAAACGCGAAGAAAUUCGGUGACAAAUGUCAUAAAGUGUAGGAAAAAUAGUGUAACUUCGAAUAGUAGCACGGAAAGUGAGGGAAAUGUGAUGAAUACUUUUUCUGCGCAUUGGACAAAAAUACUUAAAAGACAUUUGGAAUCGAAAAAAUUAGAGAAACGAUUAAAGAAGCAACGGGAGGCUUGGGCAAGAAAUACAAGAAAAUUAAGUUCCGGAUCUGAAUCAUACUCAGACAUCAGUAAUAAACCAUGGUAUUUUCGAAAAAUUAAACGUAUCGAAGCUGAGAAAAAGCUUUUAUUGCCAGAGAACGAGCACGGAGCUUUCCUGAUACGAGAUUCCGAAAGCCGGCACAACGACUAUUCGUUGUCGGUGAGAGAUGGCGACACUGUAAAACAUUACAGAAUUAGACAAUUGGACGAAGGUGGAUUUUUUAUAGCCCGAAGAACAACAUUUAGAACACUGCCAGAGCUUGUCGAACAUUACACAAAGGAUCCAGAUGGACUUUGUGUCAAUCUUUGUAAACCUUGUGUUCAGGUUGAAAAACCUCAACCGGAAGGAUUAUCCCAUCGUACGCGAGAUCAAUGGGAAAUAGAUCGUUCCUCAUUAAAAUUCGUAAGAAAAUUAGGUCACGGUCAAUUUGGAGAAGUAUGGGAGGGCCAAUGGAACAAUACAACACCCGUUGCAAUAAAAACAUUAAAACCAGGAACGAUGGAUCCGAAAGAUUUCUUAGCAGAAGCUCAGAUCAUGAAAAAACUCAGGCACCAGAAACUCAUUCAACUUUAUGCCGUUUGUACAAUGGAAGAACCGAUUUACAUCAUUACGGAAUUAAUGAAAAAUGGGUCGUUAUUGGAAUAUCUGCAGGGUAAAGGGAAAAUGCUCAAAUUGGCACAACUAAUUGAUAUGGCGGCGCAGAUCGCAGCCGGUAUGGCCUAUUUGGAAUCCCAAAAUUAUAUCCAUAGGGAUUUAGCUGCAAGAAAUGUACUCGUUGCGGAGAGUAAUGUUGUUAAAAUUGCCGAUUUUGGUUUAGCUAGAUUAAUUAAGGAAGAUGAAUAUGAAGCAAGAGUAGGAGCUCGAUUCCCAAUAAAAUGGACCGCGCCAGAAGCGGCUAAUUACAGUAAAUUCUCGAUUAAAUCUGAUGUAUGGUCAUUUGGUAUUUUAUUAACGGAAUUGGUAACAUUUGGACGAAUACCAUAUCCAGGUAUGACAAAUGCUGAAGUACUUCACCAAGUAGAACAUGGUUAUAGAAUGCCAUCACCACCAAAUUGUCCAUCAUCAUUAUAUGAAAUAAUGUUGGAAUGUUGGCAUAGAGAUCCAAUGAAAAGGCCAACGUUUGAAACUUUACAAUGGAAGUUGGAAGAUUUCUUUACGCUUGAGGGUUCUGAAUAUAAAGAAGCGUCAAGUUACUGAGGUCACGUCCACCCCCCCGCAGCAGAUUGGUUACGCAAUUCAAUUGACUUGCAUUACCACUAAUAGCGGGCGGGGGUGGUGGCCAAUCUAUACUUGAAAACUAUAGAUACGCCCUCUUAUUAUUUUUUUUAUUUCUUCGAGCGACAACAAAUAUCGUAUUAAAAUUAUUUCUUUAAUUAAUUUUAUCCUAAACAAUUAAAAAAAUAAUGAAAUUUGUUAAAAAGCAUAAUAUUAAUCUACAA